CAUCGUCUCGCUGUUCUCGAGCCUCAGAACUCUCCCUUGUUAGCUCCUCUUGGAAGCUGCACUGCUGCUCUAGCUCACGGCUUUACCUGCCUUGUACAGACUAGCCUUGCUUCUGCUUCGACGGAUGUUGCCGACAUCUUGUGACGUCGGUGCCAAUACUCUGCGGUCUACUUGUCGGUAUCAAUGGGACAGAAAGAUAGUUGUUAUGCUGUAUCGUAUACUAUACGAAGCAGUCUCACGUCUGCUCCUAAGGCAUCGGGCCUACCGGAGCAAGGGAUCGUUACUCGCUGCCAUUCUACUUCUUUGGUCUACGAAGUCCAUCGUCGCGAGCUGCCAUAAGGUCGUCGCUACCCAAUAACGUCUGAGGAUGAUUCUGGGACCUGGACAGACGCUAUCGGCCCCCGUUCCGCUUGAACCUCGGCCGCAGCUGCCCGCACUACUCGCUGCAUAGAAUCCAAGGCGGUCUAGGCGGUGUGUCGAUCUUUGCAGUUAAAGGCUAACAGGCUACAGACGUCACUUCCCGGAAAUCGGUACCUGAGCGAGCCGCUGAUUUUGAGCGGGUAACCAUCUUUCCUCGCCGAACAGACAGAUCUUCGAGUGUUGACUCACCAGCUGCAAGAGAGACAUCAUGCUUGGUGUCAGGUGCCAUCCAUUGUCGAUGUCAAUCAUCGCGAUUUCCAGUCCUUCAGCUCCUCUGUGUAACAGGAAAAUGAAUUUCAUCGGCCGUGCGGUCGUAUGGGCAAGGUCCAGUUGAUGUGGCCCUGACCCUGGCCUCGUCGGACUACGGCCAGAGUCUAGAUCAGCCAGGUUAAUUUCCAUAUAUGGAUUCCUGGUGUAACUAAUCACCCAGCCGAUGUCGCGCGCUGUGGCUGUGCCGUGUGCGGGCGCAGGUCCUCU